UGAAUUGAUUCUCAAUCAGGAAGAGAAAAUCAUGGUUUACUAAAAACCCAACUUUAUUAACAUUUUGGUCUCCCUCCCUCCCUCUCUCCCUCCAAAACCGAACGAAAAGAAAAAGAAGAAAAGAGUUUGCAGAAAGACUUCAUCCUCUCUCUCUCUCAUCAAUUGAUUGCAGACUACUAACUGAGCGCGCUCUCUCUCUCUCUCUCUCUCUCUACAGACCUUUCAUGUUAUUAUGAAGCUCUCAGAUUGUGUGAUUUCAUAUUUGUUCUCUAAGGGAGCCAAAUACUUAGAAGUCCAUAUAUUUCACUGAUUUCUUCAACAUGCAAUUGAAGUGUCACAUGGCUUUGGAAAAUGAGCCUUGUUCUCCAAGAGAGAUUUUGGCGAUUAAGGAUGGACAUCCCAGUGCUCCGUCAUCUUCUCCAAGUGGUGGUCAUUCUGAACAUUCUGUUAAAAAAUCGAAAAAAACAAAACAACCAAAACAACCCACACGACAAUGGGCUGCCUGGACUCGUCAAGAAGAGGAAAGUUUUUUUAGUGCAUUACGACAAGUUGGUAAGAAUUUUGAGAAGAUCACUAGUCGCGUCCAAAGUAAAAACAAGGAUCAGGUUCGACAUUAUUACUAUCGUCUCAUUAGAAGAAUGAACAAGCUUUUGGGUCCUGGGUUCACCCUUGAUGCCAAAAAUUCAAAAGAUGCGAAUGCUGCCAUGCUCCGAUGGUGGUCUUUACUUGAAAAGCAAAGCUGCUCAGCAUCAAAGCUUCAUUUGAAGCCUAGGCGGUUCAAGACGUUUGUAACUGCUCUGGGGGACCAACUUCUGAAGGAUCGUAAAAAGACAAGAAAGCAACCUGCCUCGGUUGACCAAGGCACUCCAUCGUCGUUGACCAUGGUUUCUUCCCCGACUAAAGUGCCUGGAAAUGAUGCUCGUGUGGCGAAAGUGUCAACUGUUGAUAGUCAGAAUAUGCAAAAGAUAGGGUCUGGAAAGGGAGCUUCCUUGAAGCGGAAUAUGGGCAUUAAUUGCGGCAAGGGUGACUCAUCCUCUGUGAAGAAUUCAAAGCAACGUCGUAGAACGACAAGUAAUGUUUCUUCUGCUGCAUACAAAAGGUGGGAAAAGGCUGCAAUUGCUGGGGUCUCACUGGUUGCUGAAGCUGCCGAACACCUAGAACGGACAUCAAAAACUCCGGUUUGUGAUGAACUGCCUCAUAGGAUCCUUACGUCUGCGGAUGAUCAUGGUAAUCUUGGUUUGGGGGACAACGUGGAUAGGCCUUUACCCUUACCAGAAUCUCCAUCCAGGUGCCGGCAAAUGCAUGUGACAAGAACUAGCCAUUUACCAACUAAGGCAUGUCCAGCAGAAACUGGGCAAAAUGUGCAACCUUUUGUGAAGCUCAAGUUGCAGUUGUUUCCUAUAGAUGAAUCUACUCGAAGGGGAUUGGAAACGGACGAAAUUAAUCCACACUUGCAGCUCACUUUAAGAUCUGGGAAGAAGAUACCUUCAGUUUUAGAUCACCUCAAUCGCAAAUGGGGUCACUCAAGUGUGGCAUCAGGGGAGCUCAUGCUUUUUCCUUAUGAUGCUCAGCAGGAAAAUUUGGAUAGCUGUCAGAGAUGGACAAUGAAAGAAACUACUCUCUGUGCUGCAGAUUUAUAUGCUAUUCUUGGCUAUCCUGAACUUUUUCGGCUUAGGUAUGGGUGGUUCUCCGAUACUGGCACUUUUGGAGACACUUCUCAUAGUUUUGAUGAUUGCCUGCGAUCUGGGGACAUUCAAGACAUGAAUGACAAAAUAGAUGAGGCUCAAUUGCCCAUUGCAUCUAAGCAGGAAGGUGAAGGUGAGCGUAUUCAUACUGUGACGACUGAGCAAAUGAUGGAGGAGGAUGCCAUUGUUUCAGCAGGCAAGCUUCCCGAGUCCUGGGUGAAUCAGCUGGAAACUAUAUCUUCUUAUUGGCUUAAUGAGAAAAGCAUAGAUGGUUCUAUACGCAAGCUCUUGGAGGAUACGGAUAACUCAAAGACACGCCCAUUGUCAGCAGGGGAUUGGGGUGACAACCUCACCACUAUUAGUGUGGGUGACCUGUUGUCAGAAGCCUCACGUGCAGAGCAUGCCGUCAGCAGUGCUGCUCCCUGCCUCCCUCCAUUCAUCUCUAAUUCUUUCGAUGCUUCCUUUGCUGCUACCCAUAUGCGUGAGCGUCAGGAUGUCACCACCACUCAGCUGGCCCAGGCAUCGUCCAUUUGGGAUGCUGAGGAAACUUGUGAUGGGUUUGUAUUCCGAAAGAACAAACUGCCCAUGGUUUCAUCAUCCAAGGAUGCUGCAGCAGACUCUCAAGAUGCCUCUGGAAAUCCAACAGUGUUCUCGAAUUUGGCUGAGCUGAGUGAAAAGAGACCGUCUGACGGCGUCGUAUGCCAGGAAGAUCUGAAAUACAACAUGCAAAGUCACAAAGAAACCAUUGGCGAUGGUGUAAAUAAUUGUGCAAUGACAGACUUGUUUUGGGCUGACUCUUUAGGGUCCUUGGACAUGUGCAUGCCGUACCCGAGGUACCAGUUUGAAGAAAGUGCUAGCCUCGCGGGUCUCAUAGCCAGCAGUUUAGAUGCACUUCAGAAUUGCUCGUUAUUUGGAACAGUCAAGAAGUUUGAAUCCCAGCUUCCCCCUCAUGCUUCUGGAGAUAAAUCUGGAAACCUAGGCGAAACAAUUGAGAAAGAGCACCCGAAUGACACAUUUCCUUUUGGAGGCAACGAUUCAAAGCAGGCAUGUGCCUGAGGAGCCAAAGAAACACGGCUUUUGCUUUUGUAACAGAAACUUGAGAUGGGGAAAUCUCAGGAUACAAGUCAAGAACUCCAAGAAUUCUUUUGGCACUAGGUGGUGAAGAGGUUGGGGACAAGUCAAUUAUCAUUCAGGAGAGAUGGUUAGAAAUGAAGAAGGAUUCGAGGAAUGUCACAAAUCAAUGCUGGAUUGAUUUAGGAGAAAAGUAUGGUUAACCCAGAUGCAGUGGGAACCUUUUCUUUUCUGCUUGCUGGUUGGCGAUGAAAGAAAUCGGGGAAGUGAAGGGGAUAAGAUACAAAGGUUAUUGUGGAAAAGGUGGUGAUGAUGCAUGUUUCGUCCCUUCUACCACUGAAGGGCUCAUGGUUAGUCAAGGACGAUAAUUUUGAUUAGUGGGAUGCUCUUUGGUUUGUGUGAUAUAACUUACAGGUGGAUAUAUUUUGACCCAGCUAAUGCACUCACGUGUAUCUAUUUUUUUUCUGACAAUGAAAUUUAAUUUUCAGUCUGUAUGCUA